AUGUACAUUCCCAUUGCUUUCUUCUACCCUAGACCUCUACAUCACAACAUUAAUAAAAGUUCCAAACAAGAAUUAGCCCAAGUUCUGGAGAAUUCUCUAUCGAAAUCCUUAACCUCUUAUUAUCCAUUUGCUGGGAAGUUGAAAGAUAAUGUAGCUAUUGAAUGCAAUGACAUGGGAGCUAAAUUCUUAAAUGUUGAACUGAAUUGUUCCAUGUCUGAUGUCGUCAAUCUUCCUGAUACUGGUCCUGAAUAUUUGACCUUCCCUAAAAAUUUGCCUUGGAAUACUUCAUAUGACAAGGGUAGUAAUUUUGUUGUGGCUCAAUUAAGUCAUUUCAAAUGUGGAGGAAUAGCGGUCAGUGCAUGUUUAUCACACAAGCUUGGAGAUGGAUCUAUAUCAAGUAUUUCAGCCUAUAAACCACCUUAUAUAGCAAAAAGGUAUGUUUUCUCCUGUUCUAAAAUCAGUGCCCUAAAGGAAGAAGUAAUGGCAUCAGAAUCAGGAGUGCAAAAUCCGACACGUAACGAGGUUGUGACUGCACUGCUCUAUAAAUGUAUUAUGGCUGCGUCAAGGUCGAAUUCAGGUGGAAUUUUUAAACCAUCUGUGCUAAAUCAAAUGGUAAAUUUACGGCCAAGACUCAAUCCUCCUCUCCCUAAUAACUCUGCAGGGAAUUUUGUUACAACAAUCUCGAUAAAAUCUACCAGCGAUAUUGAACAAAUGAGCCGCGCAAGAGUGAAUUCAAGAGUUGAGAAAGGGAAAAGAACAACUCAAGAAGAAACUGUUGAUAAUUAUUGGUAA